UGUGUGUGGAAAAGAGAGAAAGAGAAAGAGAGAGAGAGAGACAGAGAGAGAGAGAGAGAGAGAGAGGAGAAAGAAAGAGAGAGAAAGAGAGAGAGAGAAUAUAAAAAAUACUAAGCUCAGUCUGCUAUAUCUUUCUGUCAAACUACAAUGUUCAUCGGUGUAACGUAUCCGUGUAUAAUUAAUAAGACGAGUCGAUGAAAGUAAUUACAACUAUCUAAAAUGAAUAAUUGAAAUGUCAUUUUGCGAAUUUUUGCGGAAGAUGUGUCAUGUGGGCCCAUGAAAUGAAAAUACAUUAUUUUAAUUAGUCAAAAUAAUGUUUUAAGAAUGCCAUCUGAAAUAAAAAAUAUUGAUGCUCUAAGUGCACAAGAUGAGGAAAGAGAAAGGCCUGUGGAAGACUUGGCGACAACUAUAAAAACAAAUUCACACAAUACCUUAUCAAAUGUAGACAACAACAAGGAGACUUUAACAUCAAAUGAUAGAACUGAAAUAAUAGAAGUUGCAGGUAACUCUUCUAUAUCAUUUGAUAAUCAAAUAUUACCAGAGAAUGGUUCGCAACAAGCAGAGAUUGCAUCAUUGCAAGAUAAAAUAACAAAUAAUGAUAUUUUUACAACACCAAUUCCAAAUAAGAAAGAAACCCUACAAACAAAUGUAUCAUAUGCAUUAGUUUCAAAAGAAAACUAUGAUGAUAAAAACGAACUUUCCAAAGACAUUACAGUCAAUGAUAAUACUUCAUACAAGGAACUCGCACAAUCUUCAAAUCAAAUACCUGCAUUGCUAUCGCAUAAAAAUUUAAUUAGGAAAAAGAUUUUUUUUGCUACUACAGAUAAUGAAUAUGAAAAAUUACAAAUUGAUCUUGAAUCUACAUUUCAUGAUAGAAACUUAAUUCAAGAAAAAUGUGUUAAUUGGAAUCCAAGAAUACAACAAUCUGAAGCUAAUAAUGAAAGUAUAUCCACUAGUUCUCAUUCCAAAACAACAAAAGAUAAUUGUAAUGAUAUGAAUAUGGAUAAAUCAAUACCAUUUUCUCAAGAGUUAUCUGAUAUACAUUCAACAUUUGAUAAUGGCUCAGCAAAUGUCAGCAAUACUAUGAAUUUAAUGAAGCUAUUAAAACUGCCUGAUGAUAGUGAUAAUGAUUCUUUAUUAGAUAGUGCCAGUGGUUUUACUACAGAGAAUUCAUUUGUGCCAAAAAGGUUGUCAAGUCCAUUACCUACACAAAUAGACUCACUUGAUUCCCAUUAUAAUUUAAUCACUGCUAUGAAGCCAUUAAACAUAUCGGAUACUAAUAAUAAAGAAUUGGUUGAUGAUAUAAAUGAUACUGAUGUUUUAUGUUUACAUAGAAUGAAUGGAACACCAGAAUUACAAGAUAGUUUCACAAAUUUGCCACAUUGCAGCAAUUUUAUGAUUACCAAGGAUACUUUACAAUUGGAAGAUUUUAAUCAUAAAAGCUCUUUAGAAAAAGAGAAGUGCGAUGUAAAUGAUUUGAAUAAAGUUGAUUCAUUAUCUGCAAAAACGUCUAAACAUGAUAUGACAGUUGAAAAUAUGUUAACAGAUUUGUCUCAUAAUAAUAUCAUAAAGGGAAAGAAAUUAUUUAAAAUGUCAAUUUUAAGAAAUGUAGAUGAAGCUGCGGCAAUUCAGCAAACAGAAUUAGAAGAAAAUGCUAUAGCACUUUUAGAGCCAUCGGUUUCCAGACAAGAAACUUUAUUAGAGGAAGCUCAGAGUAUAGAGUUGGAUCCUCGUUCUUCAAAUAGUAGUGAUGGAAGUAAUUCUGAUACAGAGUCUCAACAAGCAAUUUCAACUCAUAACAGAUCUGCAAUGAAAUUAACAGAAACUAAUGAUGUAAUAACUAAAGAAGGGGUAGAAUAUUAUCAGCUAUGGCGUAGCACUGCCGGACUUUCACCUCCUGAGUCUUUAUAUGAAACGCUAUAUCCAAAUCCCCCACCCCUCCCUCCAAGAACAGUGAACAAAUUCUUGCACAAAAGGAAUGCAUUGCUACCAGAAUUACCAAAAAGGCAUCUUUCAAAAUACCCUGCGCCUUUGCACCCUUCAGACUGUUUUGGAUUUGAGAUUGUAGAUGUUGAUGAAGCAUCUAAUUUAAAGACAAGGACGGCAGUAACAACAAGUAUAGCAUUAUUAAGUUCACCAAGAGCUCAUAGAUCAUUGACAAGGCCAGAAACAGGAGGAUUAUCUAAUUCAGCAGAGUGUCCUCCAACACCAACGCACCGUCCAAAGCCUUUACGACCAUUACCUAUGUGUCAAACAUCAAAUAUAUCAUUAUCUUCAGAAGAACCAUUACCACCUUCAUGGGAAGCACGAAUAGAUAGUCAUGGUAGAGUAUUCUAUAUAGAUCAUAUUAAUCACACUACAACAUGGCAAAGACCUACAUUAGCUACUCGAAAUACGGGUUGUGAUCUUCGAAGACAACAACUAGAUAGACGCUAUCAGAGUGUUAGACGUACAAUUUCUCGGCCUGAUAAUAUUGAUCGUGAGCCCUGUAAUGCCAGUACGAAUGGAAAUCAUAGUGAAAAUAAUGAAAGACAGAAUGACAGAUCUACUGAAAGAACUGAUUCAGAGACUUUUGAUAUUACAACAAUACCACCGGUGCUAUUUUUAACAAGACCUGAUUUUUUCAAUGUCCUUCACACUAAUGUUGAAGCUAUGGAAUUAUACAACCAUAAUCCAAGCUUAAAACAUAUGAUUAGUAGAAUUAGAAGAGAUUCCACAAUUUUUCCAAGAUAUGAACAUAACAGGGAUUUGGUUACUUUAAUUAACUUCUUUGCUGAUUCAACAAAAGAGCUCCCAAGAGGGUAUGAAUCCAAACUCGACCGAACGGGCAAAAGAUUUUUCAUUUGUCAUGCAAGGAAGGCUACAUCGUUUAUCGAUCCGAGAUUGCCGACUGAAGCUGCACAUCCACGAACGUUACUGGAUGAAGCACCUACACCACCACCUAGACCACAACAGUCUGCUAUUACAACAACACCAGAUAUACCUGUAGCUUACAAUGACAAAGUCGUGGCCUUUUUAAGACAACCAAAUAUAAUAGAUAUUCUAAAAGAAAGACAUUCAGCAUUAGGACAAAAUAUAGCAUUACGUGAGAAAGUUAAUACUAUUAGAGUAGAAGGUACCACAGCCUUACAAAGACUGGGACAUGAUGUACCUUUAGCAUUAUUGUUAAGUUUGUUCGAGCAAGAAAUUAUGUCAUAUGUACCUGGAAAUGUAGGUAGAUCUCCAAUUGGUAGUCCGCAUGCAUCACCAGGUUUAACAAGAGCUUCAGCCAGAGCUCCAGCUCCGUAUAGAAGAGAUUUUGAAGCUAAACUUAGGACAUUUUAUAGAAAAUUAGAAAGUAAAGGAUAUGGUCAAGGACCAGGAAAACUUAAGUUACAUAUUAGAAGAGAGCAUUUACUGGAAGAUGCUUUUACACGUAUAAUGGCUGCUACUAAGAAAGAUUUGCAAAAAGGCAAAUUAGUAGUUAUUUUUGAUCAUGAAGAAGGUUUGGAUUAUGGUGGUCCAUCCCGUGAAUUUUUCUUUCAUCUGUCACGUGAACUUUUUAAUCCUUAUUAUGGAUUAUUCGAAUAUUCUGCGAACGAUACAUAUACAGUUCAAGUAUCUCCUAUGUCAGCAUUUGUUGAUAACUAUCACGAUUGGUUCAGAUUUUCAGGUAGAGUUUUAGGUUUGGCAUUAGUUCAUCAAUAUUUAUUGGAUGCGUUUUUUACAAGGCCAUUUUACAAAGCACUUUUAAGAAUACCAGCUAGCCUAAGCGAUUUAGAAAGUUUGGACCAAGAGUUCCAUCAAAGUUUAAUGUGGAUUAAAGAAAGGGAUAUAAGUAUAGAACCGUUGGAAUUAACUUUUUCUGUUACGGAAGAACUUUUGGGUCGCGUGACAGAACGUGAGUUAAAGCCAGGUGGACGAAAUAUUGCUGUUACAGAAAAAAAUAAAAAGGAAUAUCUUGAACGGGUUGUACGUUGGCGAUUAGAACGUGGUGUCGCAGAACAGAUAGAAUCACUUGUUCGUGGCUUUUACGAAGUGGUAGAUCCUCGAUUGGUAUCAGUAUUUGAUGCACGUGAAUUGGAAUUGGUAAUAGCAGGUGCAGCAGAGAUUGAUCUUAAUGAUUGGAGAAUGCACACGGAAUAUAGAAGCGGAUAUCAUGAUGCACAUCCAGUGGUAGAAUGGUUCUGGAGUAGUAUAAGCCGAUUCUCGAAUGAGCAACGGCUUCGAUUAUUACAAUUCGUAACUGGUACUUCAAGCAUUCCAUAUGAAGGAUUUGCAGCCUUGCGUGGAUCUACUGGACCAAGAAAAUUUUGUAUUGAAAAAUGGGGAAGACCAAACAGUUUACCAAGAGCUCAUACUUGCUUCAAUCGUUUGGAUCUUCCGCCAUAUCCUACACCGGAAAUUUUAUAUGAAAAAUUAUUAUUAGCGGUGGAGGAAACCAAUACCUUUGGAAUCGAAUAAGGUAACAGCUUCGCUCGACAACACGUUUCAAUAUAUUCCAAAUUUUAUAAGUGACUUUUUUUUUUAAGCUAUCAAAGAUGUAUCAAUAUGUACAUAAGUAGAGGUAUAAUGUUGUCCUUCUGUAGCGAUUAUUAUUAAUAGCGCGUAAUGGAAAUGUUCUCUCUAUUCGUCCAAGUUUUUUCUUUUUCUUUUUUUUUUCUUUUUUCAUGUGUCAUAUUCUUUCUAAUGUAUUUUCUGAUUGAGAAUAUCUAUACAUUGUAUAUUUCUUGGCAGCUUAUGUUUUUAAGCUAUUUAAAUGCACCGUAAUAUUACAUAUUCGUGGCCGUGCGUGUGAAGUCAUGAAUGUUUUGCGUUUUAAAAUAGUAUCUUUAAUACAUAUGAAUAUAAUGAUUAAACUCAAUGCUCAAAAAUUGGAAAGUAUUCCCACCAAGUGCUAUUAUCGCUUUUUACUAUAUCGUAUCUCUCAUUUGAUAAUAUUUCUGAUAGAUUAAUAUAAAGAUUCAAAUAACAUGAAAUUAUAUAUUUUUCUUUUUUCUUACAUUGAAGACAUAGUUACAGUUCUAAUGUUAUAAAUGCUUUCCAAAGUUUAUUAAAAUAUUACAGUUAUAAUAAAGUAUAUAAAUCAUAAGCCAAUUUAUAAAUGGUUCACAAAAUUAUGCUUGAUAAAAAUCCUAAUAAACAUUUUUAUUGUUUUGA